AUGAAAAAGUUCAGACAAUGGCUCAUCGGAAAAGAAUUUACAUGGAUCACGGACUGCAGCGGACUAACCAAGUUCUUUGAAGGCGAAUACGACAUCACACACACACUGCAACAAUGGAAGCUAGAGCUAUUGGCAUCCGUCUUCACCAUAGUUCACCGACCAGCAAAGAUGCUCACGGAAUGCGACCUUUUGUCAAGAUACGAGGGCAUACUGAGCACAUGGAGAAAUACGGAAGAAGCCCACACAGACAACCCGAUCAUUGCGGUGGCAUGGAAACUCAGAGAAGACAAAGCACCGCCAUGGCCCAGACAGCACCUACUACCCCCUGUGAAAGGCGACCGGAUUACAACACAAACAGAACUAGCGCAAAUAUGCGACACAGCAAGAGCAACAUGGAUCAUUGGACGAUCCCUAGACACUAUUGCAGACAGCUUCAAACUAUUGGGAGGAACCAUCAUGCUAACAGCCAGCACCAGCAAGGAGGAAUAUUGGCAGCUACAACACGAGAUACCAAACAUUGAAACGUUUGCCAAAAGGCUAGUCAACAACACAGCACAACCGCCAGUAGAAUGGUUGAUUGUCACCAACAUGGAAAAAUACAACUCAACAACCUCAGAGGCCCUUCGCACCAUCAUCAGAAAAGCAACGACACAGGGAGCAACACAAUGCAUACUCAUGUGGACAGGAAAGCCACCCGGCAAGAUCAUCGACAAAUGGGAACAAUACAUAAAACGACCAGAGACAGAACCGACCUACAAACCGCGACACGCACAGCCAGAGGCAGCACAGCACAAGCAGACAUAG